AUGGGAUACAGGCAGUAUCUCAAGACAUAUUUGUUGGAAAAUUCUGAUUUUAUGAGAGACAUCUGCUUUUAUUGUGGCAGGAAUGCUUAUUCUCACAGAGUUAUGUGUGGCAAAAAAGGUGUUGAAUGGGUUGAAUGCACGGACUGCAAUCGUUGGAUGGUAUUUAAUUGUAUUCCUGAUGAGGAUAAAUUAGACACAACAGCAGACUAUGAACAAAAAAAUGAAGAGAAUGGGACAGAUGUUGAAGAGGAUGAGAAUACUGAGAAAUGUAGUUCUGGAGUAAUUGUUGAGGAAAUAAAUUCUGAUCAUGAAAAAGAUCAAAAUCUAAAUGUGUCCGAAUUUAUAUCAUUGAAAUUAAGUGGAAAUGAAACUUUGGAUUUCAAAGAUUGUGGUACAUGGCCUGAAAAAAUAAUAGAUUCUCAAAGAACUCAUAUUGUUAGAAUGAGAAUGAACUAUAUUGAAAAAUUGAAUCUUACUAGAUCUGAAAGAGAAGGGCGUUCUGUUAAUGUUUCUUGCUACUCCAAAUCAAAAAAUGCAUUAUUUUGUGUACCAUGCAAAUUGUUAUUAAAUUCAAACGACAAAAAUAUAUCAAAAUUAGCAUUAGAUGGGUUUAUUAAUUGGAAGAAAGUAUCAGAAAGAAUAUCAGAACAUGAAAAUUCUAAUAUUCAUAAAAAGUAUUUUUGUUCAUGGAAAAUGCUUGAAAUGUCAAUUUGUGAAGGUAAAGGAAUUGAUAUAGAGUUACAAAAUGCAAUAAAAUUAGAAGAAAAUCAUUGGAGAUUAGUAUUGAAAACAAUAAUUGACAUAAUUAUGCAUCUAGCAAUGGAGAACAGUGCUUUUCGUGGAACUGACGAAAUUGUUUUUAAUAUAG